AUGCAUUCCCCCUUAUUCUUCCGUCACCAUUUUGCUCUCUUCAGACGAAAUUUCGAAGACGGCUGGGAACGGGAUGGCGCUUCAUUGGCGGUGUUCAUCAACGGCUCGAAAGUUAUCGACUUAUGGGGUGGUUAUGCAGAUCAGCAAGCAGGACGAAAGUGGAAGCAGGACACGAUGACGAUUACUUUUUCCACGACGAAAGCAGUAGCGGCUGUCUGUGUAGCGAUGCUGGUUGAACGAGGACGACUCCACUACGACGACCUCAUAUCCACUUAUUGGCCUGGUUUUGCCAAACAUGGAAAAGGCAAUAUUACUGUUCAAAUGGCGCUUUCUCAUGAGGCAGGUCUUGGCUACCUGGACACACCAAUCACUGAAGAAAUUGCAGCCGAUCAUAAUAAAAUCAGAGAGAUUCUGGAAAAUGAAAAACCCAAAUGGGAACCCGGAAGGAGGAAUGGUUACCAUCCAUACACAUUUGGAUGGAUUGUAGACCAAAUAAUCCGACAUGCCGAUGAGAAGCAUCGCGGUAUCGGGCAGUUUCUUCGAGAGGAAAUCGCUGAGCCGUAUGAAAUCGACUACCAUAUUGGGUUGCCACUGGAACAUGAAUAUCGUGUGGCACGGAUCACGGUGCCGACAAUGUGGGAACGAUUAAGUGAAGUAUUCUAUGACUGGCGGGUCUCCUGGUACUUCUUGGCGCUGUGGAAACUGGCUCGGGAUACACCAUUGUCUCGAGCUGUCAACAACCCAUCAUGGCUGCAGGCUGUAGCCGAGUGUACGGUGAAUAAUCCGGAGUAUCACCGGCUUGAACAAGCUGCAGCUCUCGGUAUUGGGAAUGCAAGAUCGCUAGCGACACUGUUCAAUCUCGUGGCCACAAAAAAGCUGCUCAGUGAAGAGAUGCUCAAUCGCUUACAGCAUCACUACAAUAAUGACACUGAUGUGAUUUUUGAUGAUACGAUUGCUAAAGGACAUGGUUUCCUUUAUCUUCCUCUACAUCGUGCUGGGACAGAAUUCCUCGUCGGACACACUGGCCAUGGUUGUCAACAAGUGGUUUACGAUUUGAAGAACAAGGUUUCCAUAGCAUAUGUGAAUAACGGGUUAAAGACCGGUCUCUACGAUUUGUGCAGGACUUAUAGUCGACUUCAAGAUUCUAUAUAUGAUAUUAUUGAAGAGCAGCUUCAAAAUCGAAAUAUACUCACUUAA